CCGCGCCGGCAGCAUGAGGGCGCACGAGCAGGAGCUGAAAAUGGAGAGCGACAUUCUAGACGCGCUGGAGGCGUUGGGGUAUAAAGGUCCCCUGUUAGAGGAGGAAGCACUUAGCAAAGCAGUAGAAAAUGGAUUAUCUUCACCAGACUUUUCUGAGCUUUGUGUUUGGUUAAGUUCUGAAAUAAAAUCAGUGUGUGACCUGGAAGAAAGCAUCACUUCAACAGCUGGUGGGGAAGAUGUAGAGAGCUUCCAGCUUGAGAUUAGUGGUUUUUUAAAAGAAAUGGCUUGCCCAUAUUCAGCACUUGUGUCUGGAGAUAUUAAGGACAGGUUAAAAAAGAAAGAGGAUUGUCUUAAACUCCUGUUAUUUUUAAGUACAGAGCUUCAAGCUUUACAGAUAUUGCACAGCAAGCAACUUAAAAGUUCUCAUUUGGAAAAGAAUAACGAAAUCUAUCAGGAAGUGCAAACUCUCUGUGACUCGUUGGGCCUAUCAAAGCCAUCAUCUUCUGACAUUCCUCUCUUGUUAAGCAACGUGGAGUCAAAGAUCAAGGACAUUCUUUCAAAAGUAAAAAAUACCCAUGUGGGGAAACCACUGCUAACAACACCUUUGAAUCCUGAUCAGACGGAAAGAUUGGAAAAAAUCAAUGAUGCCCUCUGCAGUGAAUAUGAAUGUCGUCGUCGGAUGUUAAUGAAGCGGCUUGAUGUGACCGUACAAUCCUUUGGAUGGUCUGAUAGAGCAAAGGUUAAAACAGAUGACAUAGCAAGAAUUUAUCAGCCCAAACGUUACGCACUAUCUCCUAAAACAACCAUUACGUUUGCCCACCUUCUUGCUGCUCGAGAAGACUUAUCAAAGAUCAUAAGGACAAGUAGUGGAUCUACACGAGAAAAGACAGCCUGCGCUAUCAAUAAGGUCCUGAUGGGGAGAGUGCCAGACCGUGGAGGCAGACCAACUGAGAUUGAGCCACCACCUCCUGAAAUGCCCCCUUGGCAGAAGAGACAAGAAGGUGGUGGGAGGGGUGGUUGGGGGGGAGGAGGUGGUGGUGGUGGGAGGGGUGGUUGGGGGGGAGGAGGUGGCAGAGGAGGUGGUGGUGGUAGAGGUGGAGGUGGUUUCCAAGGACGGGGAGACUAUGGAGGCAGGGGGGGUUACAGUGGCAGAGGCGGCUAUGGAGAUCCAUAUGGUGGAAGGGGAGGAGGAUAUAGAAGAUACUAACAACAACAUUGUAAAUACUAAUAACUGACAAAACAUGGUUGUGAUAUUUACUGGUAGCGAGAGGUGUGUAUAUUAGCAAUGGUUUAGUGUUAUGAUAGGAAAGUUAAUUAUGAUCUCUUUAUUAAUGAAUCACUGCAUUUGAUCCCUGAUAUUAUUUAAUCCUGUUAGUCAACUGAACAUUUUUUUUAUAUCGAAAUGUGAUGUCUUAAAGUAGUCCUCUUUUUGCACUGCUCAUGUGUGUAUUCUUAAACAGUUUGGUUUUUUAAAUAACAAACUUCAGAAAAGUGAAUAGAAACAAUGAAUUUUUCUUUUUUCAAUGUUACUAUUUUAUGUUCAGACCUCUUUAAUUAUUGCCUGUCAUAUCCAGAAUACAGGAAAUGAUUUAGGAGGCAUUUGGCUUUGUAGGCCAUACUUAGUUUUAUAUGCUUUAAAAGGACUGUAGAAUGCUGGUUCCUGCUUCUUGUCUUUUCAGUCCUCUGUAUGGAACAAUUGAAAAAAAUGUAACAUCAGAAGUAAAUCUAAAAUACUCUAAAAAUUUUAAAACAAAAAAACUUCAUUGUUUCCAAGUGAUGUAUUGAAUCCAUGCUAUUCCAUGGUCAACAAAACAAGGCUAUGCUGUAUUUAUAUAUAAUGUAUACAAAUAUUUCAAAGCCAAAAACUUGCAUUGUAAAAACUGAUUUGUGAUGAGCCUUGAUAGGUAAAAUGAAAAUGAUCUGCUAAAAGUGGCAUUCUAUGAACCUUACUUUAAAAUCAGACCCUGUUACCUGUGAUGAAAAAUUUCCCCAACCAUCUAACACCUAGCCAGCUGGUCACUUACACGGUCUUCUGUAACACAUAAGCCCCAGAAGGCUGAGUAAGAUGACUGUGCCCUGAACUGUCCUGUUGAGAAGGAAGUCAGUCACAGGCUCUGUGUCUGGUAGUUGGUCAGUGGGCAAGGGGAGCUCACAAUGUCCUUCUGCCACCUCCCCAAAAAUAAUUUCAGUUGCAAGGAUGAGAUCCUUUUUCUCCUCCUUUGCCUCCUGCCCCAAAACACUACUCCACUCAUUCUUUGUAUCAGUUUGGGUGCUCUCAUUUUGAUUGAAAUUGGUGAGGAUCAUAAUCAUGUAGGAUUUUUAGAGAUGUAUAUGGCCCUAUUAUUUGGC